UUCCCAUCUUGUACUUCUAUCCGCCUCGUCGCAGAUUCAGAUGCCAUAGAUACCCAGAGUUUCUUCAGCCAAAAGCACGCAAUUUACGUAUGUGGCCAUACACGCACAAGCAUGGCGUCCCUCUUCUCCUGAAUUCAAUUCGGGUUCUGCGCCGAUAUCAGAAUAGUUCAAGGCUUCUCUAUCUCACCGCGGAUACACUUUUAGCAACGCCAUACUCACCAUGAUGAUUCCAAGCUCGAACCAACAAACGAUAAGCUGAACCACGACCUCUAUCGUCAUGGUGCUCGAGUAUUUCGCCCACCGUCGCGCAUGUGCUGCGAAGCAAGAUGAGCGAGACGAACGCAUUAAGAGCCUACCGGCGGAAUUCCAUGCUCCAUUGACACCGUCUGAUAUGACCAUCUUACAACGUUCUGUCGCAGAAACUGUCGCUGGGGUUCAGGCUGGAACGUUGGACCCAGCGGACAUUCUAACAGCAUAUGGCAAGAAAGCUCUCAAAGCCCAUGCUGCUACGAACUGUCUCACGGAGAUCAUGAUCUCCGAGGCUCUUGGUUGGGCUAAGGACUCUAACAAGAAUGGUCCGCUUGCGGGGAUGCCUGUCAGUUUGAAGGACACCGCAGGCGUGGCAGGUUUCGAUGCCUGUAUUGGCUAUUCUGCAUGGGCUUUCAAGCCUCUCCAGAAGGAUUCUCCAUUGGUGCGACUUUUGAGAGAUGCGGGCGCUGUUCCAUUCGUGAAGACCAAUGUGCCUAUCACUCUAUUGUCAUUUGAGUCAUUCAAUGAUGUUUGGGGUCGUUCGACGAAUCCGCAUGGCAAGAAUUAUGCUCCUGGAGGGUCUACUGGUGGAGAAGCUGCUCUGCUUGCUUAUGGCGGGUCUCGUAUUGGUAUCGGUACAGAUGUGGCUGGUUCUGUUCGCGCUCCUGCGCAUUAUUCUGGUGUUUAUACGAUAAAGUCAUCGAUGCACAGGUUUCCGAAGGCGGGCAACCCGACGAGUAUUCCUGGUCAAAUAGGUAUACCUGCGGUAUACUCCCCCAUGUCUAGGACCCUUGCAGACCUCGAGACUUUCUGGCGAGCAGUCAUGAGUAUGAAGCCGUGGGAGUAUGACUACUCGUGCAUUCCUCUUCCCUGGCGAGAAGUCGACCUCACGGGCAAGAAGUUGAGAUUUGGUGUAAUAUGGGAUGAUGGCGUUGUUGCUCCAUCUCCAGCAUGUCGUCGUGCAUUAUAUGAGGUUACAUCAGUUCUACGAGCGGAAGGACACGACGUUGUUAAUUUAGAUCCCCCUAGCCCUUACGACGCACUAAAGAUCGGUGCUCAAAUACUCUUUGCCGAUGGUUUGAAGGUCGUUCAGCGUCCGAUACGUUCUGGAGAAACCAAUGACCCAGGUGCCUUGGAGGCUAUUCGAGCACUUCGCCUUCCAAAGUUCGUCAAAAAGCUCUAUGCUUGGUACCUUCGCUAUAUCCGCCGGGACGAAUUGUAUGCUGGACUCGUCGAGAGCUGUAAUGCCAAGACAGCGGAAGAGUACUAUGAUUUGAUCGUUCAGCGAGAGGGCUAUCGAUCAAAAUGGUUUGAUAUGUGGAACAAUGAAGGCUUGGACUUCGUCUUGACUGUUCCGAAUGCGACACCAGCCUGCCCUCAUGGCGGCAUGAAAGAAGGGUACAAAUCCUGCGGAUAUACCUUCCUGUUCAACGUGCUUGAUUACUCCGCCGGAGUCCUACCUGUCACCCACGUCGAUGGCGAGUUGGACAAGCUUCCUGCGAAGUUCACUGCUAGGAAUGCCAUCGAAGCCGGGGCGUAUGCCACGUAUGACUCGGCUCCUAUGCAUGGAUUACCUGUAGGCGUCCAGGUUGUCGGAAGACGGUUGCAGGAGGAACACGUUCUCGAGGCGAUGAAGCUCAUCGAGAAUGCUCUGCAAAAGGAAGGGAAAGCUUAUACCUUGCUGGAGACUUCUGAAUGAUCCCCUUGACCCUUGUAAACGGUCUUGGCAUAAAUUACAAUGACUGAGGGCUGACUGCGCGACAUGCGGAUUGUAGUAGUUCACAUUGUAUACUAGUCUGCUAUGACUGUGCUCUAUGCAUUCUACGGAUGAUACACUGCGGAAGUC